UGGGGGAUGGAACCAAGACAAGACCCUUGUUUCCAGGUGCCUCCCCUGGGUCCUGCUGGGGAUGGACCUCGAAGGCUCAAUUUCUCAUUCAUCCAAAGGGAAACUCAGACUGACAGGACAAGGUUCUGCCACCCUGGUACUGCCCAGGGAGUGUCAAGGAGGUGGGAUUAAGAGUGUCAUUCUGACUAUGGUGCACAGACACAAUUCUUCAGGUUGCCCCUGCAGUUGGCCCAGCCCAGCAUGCAGCCUUGAGCUUGGCAUAAGCCACCACUCACUCUGACUUUCUACGUGUCCUUCUGUGGCUCAGCGGAGACUCUCGCCUCAAGGUACCUGAACAGCAUCUCUUUAUCAAGAAAGUGCUGCAGCUACAGAGAGCCCGGGAAAUCCCGCUGUCGGCUCUGCUCUGGGAGAAAACAGUAUGGCUAUUACCCUGCAACCCAGUGACCUGAUCUUUGAGUUUGCAAGCAACGGGAUGGAUGAUAUCCACCAGCUGGAAGACCCUUCAGUGUUCCCGGCUGUGAUCGUGGAACAGGUACCCUACCCCGAAUUACUGCACCUGUACUCAGGACUGGAGCUGGACGACGGUCACAAUGGUGUCAUAACAGAUGGGACCUUGUGCAUGACACAGGAUCAGAUCCUGGAGGGCAGUUUUUUGCUGGCAGAUGACAAUGAGGCCACUUCACAUACCGUGUCAACCACUGAAGUCUUACUGAAUGUGGAAUCUCCUAAUGAUAUCCUGGAUGAGAAGCAGAUCUUCAGCACCUCUGAAAUGCUUACAGACUCAGACCCUGCUGCAGCCAUCACUCUGCCCAACUACCUGUUUCCUGCCUCUGAGCCCGAUGCCCUGAAUGGGGCUGGUGACCAGGAAGAUCAUUCUCUGGAGGGAAGGGUCUCCAGAGAGGAAAGUUCUAAGAAGACUGGAAAAUCAAAGAAAAGAAUCCGGAAGACAAAGGGCAACCGCAGUACCUCACCUGUCACUGACCCUAGCAUCCCCAUCCGGAAGAAAUCAAAGGAUGGCAAAGGCAGCACCAUCUAUCUGUGGGAGUUUCUCUUGGCACUUCUACAAGACCGAAACACCUGUCCCAAGUACAUCAAGUGGACCCAGCGAGAGAAAGGCAUCUUCAAGUUGGUGGACUCCAAAGCUGUGUCCAAGCUGUGGGGAAAGCAGAAAAACAAGCCUGACAUGAACUAUGAGACAAUGGGGCGGGCCCUAAGAUAUUACUACCAAAGAGGCAUCCUGGCUAAAGUGGAAGGGCAGAGGCUGGUAUACCAGUUUAAGGAGAUGCCCAAGGAUCUGGUGGUGAUUGAAGACGAGGAUGAGAAAAGUGAAGCUCCAGCAGCACCGCCACAGGCCUCCACUUCCUCGGCUUCCUCCACCAACACCACCCGGAGGGCCAGCUCCAGGGUCUCAUCCAGAGCUGCCACCCAGGGCAAGGGCAGCCCUUCCUGGGAGAAGCCAAAGGUUCAGCAUGUAGGUCUGCAGCCAUCUGCGAGUCUGGAAUUGGGACUGUCUCUAGACGAGGAGAUCCCCACUACCUCCACCAUGCUUGUCUCCUCACCAGAGAGCCAGACCAAGAUCACCAAAGCCGUGAGUACUUCUUCAGUGCCCAGCAACAUCCACCUAGGAGUGGCCCCUGUGGGGUCAGGCUCAGCCGUGACCCUGCAGACCAUCCCGUUGACCACAGUGCUGACCAAUGGGUCUCCUGCCAGUACUACUGCUUCCACUCAGCUCGUUCUCCAGAGUGUUCCUCCUGUGUCAACGUUCAAAGACACCUUCACUUUGCAGGCCUCCUUCCCCCUGAACACCAGUUUCCAAGAGAACCAGGUGGCAGCACCAGGGACCCCCCUGAUUCUUAGUAGCCUCCCCCAACUGCUGGCUGGGGCCAAUCGUUCAACCAACCCAGCACCACCCUCAGCCACAGGUGCUGGACCAGCGGGGCCCAGCUCUCAGCCCCCUGGGACUGUCAUUGCUGCCUUCAUCAGGACUUCUAGCACCACAGCAGCCCCUGGGGUCAAGGAGGGGCCACUGAGGUCCUCCUCAUAUGUGCAGGGCAUGGUGACUGGGGCUCCCAUGGAGGGGCUGCUGGUUCCUGAAGAGACCCUGAGGGAGCUUCUGAGAGAUCAGGCUCAUCUUCAGCCACUUCCAACCCAGGUGGUUUCAAGGGGUUCCCACAAUUCGAGCCUUAUGGGAAACCAGACUCUCUCUUCCCCCAGCCGCCCCACUGUUGGGCUCACCCCUGUGGCUGAACUUGAGCUCUCCUCAGGCUCAGGGUCCCUGUUUAUGGCUGAGCCUAGUGUGACCACAUCUGGGAACCUGCUGACUAGAUCCCCAACCCCAGCCUCCUUCUCCCCAUUCAACCCCACCUCCCUCAUUAAGAUGGAGCCCCAUGACAUGUAAAGGAAGGCAUCACCAGUGUGACCCAUCAGGUGAAGCUGAGCAGCAUUUUCACACAGACUGACUUAAGUAGUGUCCUUGCCCUUACGUUUCAGUGGGAUUCAUUACACCUGAUCCCCAGUCCCCCGGCCCUACCUGGCAUCACCAUGGCCAACCUAUGCUCACUUUGAGCAUCCCUGGCAGCAGACCAUGGCCUUCAGGAGCACUAGGGGAUAUGCUCUUGGCAGGAUAUUGGGCUGACUUGGUGAUAAAGGGAAAACCCCUGAGCCAGGGAGAAAUUUGGGGCCAGAGCAUGGGGGGGGUUGUGAGAAGAGUCUGGCCUGACUGCAUCUCACUGUCUACAUUCCCUAUGCAGGGAAUUUACUAUCCCGUAUGUGAAUAUCUCUGUAUGUAUUUGUGUGUACUUGGGGUUCUGUAUCUUCCGUUUUGGGGGGAAGAUGGGGGUGUAGCUGUGAGGUCUUCAAGGGGUGGUGUGUUCCUCCAUGGGUCAACCACAGAGAAGGGGAUUUUUUUUUUAAAGGAAAAGCAUUUUGUAAUAACCUGUUCAAGCCAAGAUUUGGUUGCUCUGAGACUAUAGGGUACUGGUUGGGUCCCCCAAACCUGGAGAGAUGUCACAGAGCUGGGAUGGGUCCAGGUAGGAGAGCUUCAAUGGGUCUAUGUGUUGCAAAAGACACAUGCCUAGGGGACAAGAAGGCUGAGUGGGAUUGGACAACAAAUGAAGAAAGAGAAGAGAACUCAGCACUGAAUGUGACCCCCACAGGCUAGACCAAGACUCUUUUCCUAGAGUUUGCCACAUUGCCUGCCAAAGUCAUCGAUGCUGGCAGGUCGCAAACUUGCCACUUCAAAGUGCUUUGCUGAAGGUUUAGUCAGAGAAAAGCACACCUCUAGAGUCAGACCCAGCUACAGGGUCCCCGGUCAGGACUGGGUUGGUUGAAUGUUUGUGCCCAGGACUUGAGCUGUUGGUGUAACACCAUCCUUCCACCAGACAACAGCCUCCUCUGGCACACUGCCCUAGGUGCCCCAUCCUUGGCUCCUUCUAUGUUACUUUUGACCCUGAGAUUUUUCUAGCUGUCAGGCAUUGCUGGGGCUAGUCAGUAGACAGCCCAGCCUGGGCCUGCCUCCAUUCCUGCCUGUGGGCGUGUGCUGUGUAGUGCCUGCUCUACAGUCUCUGCUGCCCGUCCUGCCCUCUCACCUCAGAGGUGUGCCAGCCCACUCCCACAAUGCCUACCACAGACCUUCUCCGGUGGGCUACUGCUCUUCAUUUCCAACUUUUUGCACCUAAUGCUGAUUCCUUCUUCACCGAGAAGACAGGAGCCAGCAGGCAUGAGUUAUUUCAUGGCUCCCUUUCUCUUUCUGAGGCUUGGGUGCCCUUCCCUUCUUUCUUCUUUGAAUCCGCUCACCACUCCUGCCAAGUUUGGGGGCAAAACUAAGAAAUGCCUGGAAGCAACUCUGGUGAAUUUGGUUAAUGUGAAUCAGUGCCUCAGGACUUUUGCUCCGUCCUCGGCACAAAACCACCCACUUGAUCUAACUACCUCCCCUGGCUGCUCUUUUCUCUCUUUCCCGUCCGUAUUCUCUCCCACUCGCUUCUUCCCCAGGGAGGUGGCCCUGCAAGUGCAUUUACUAUGUUUCUAGCAGUUGGCAUUGAAGUGCCUUUUUCUAAUAAAAUCAGCUUAUUAUGGACAA